AUUUGACAUUUGAACGUACCAACAAUGGCCGGAUGUAAGCGUUCCCUUUCUUUCGCGCAAAUGUUUAUUUUUGUUAUUUAUUUACAUUUUCUGAAUGAAGCAUGAAUUGAAAGCUAGCUGAUUGAUAAAACAGUUAAAAUGGACUCUGAAGAGAAUAUCAUUUGUUGCGGCUGCCUCAGCACAGGCCGGAAAAUGAUACUAUUAGUCGAAUAUUGGAAAAAGCAAUCUUUUUUGCAAAUUGUUAGUGAAAUACCUUUAUCAGAAGGUGAUACCAUGCCAACCUGGCUGUGUUGGGAAUGUGACGCUCAAAUGAACAACUUCACAAAAUUUAAGCAAAAAGUCAAAACAUCAUACUGCCUUUUCACCGAUUAUAUUAAACAGAAUACCAACUUAAAAAAACUACAACCGCAACCAAGAUUGACUACACAAAAAAUAUACAAUUUUACAUUAGAAGAAAAUGAACUACAUACCUUCCAAAUUAUUACUACGGACAACAGACCGACGUCCCCUAUAAUUAAGGAAGAGUAUACAGAUACUUUUGCGGACAAUUCAGACGAUGAGAAACUGAUAAAUUUAAAGUCAGACAAGAAAAAACUUGUUAAAAAGAAGAGAAAGAAAAAACGGAAAGAGAUUGAGUUAUAUAAAGAGAUAGAGUUGAGUAGAGAAGAAUUGGAGGAAGAAAGAAGAGCAGCUAUGUUAAAAGAAGAUUAUGUUAAUGCUAUGUUUCCCUGUGAACGGUGUAUUUUGUCAUUCCCUAAUGCGGAGGAUUUGAAAGACCAUAUUAGUAUCAAACAUGAUUUGAAUGCUUCUAAAUUCAAAUGUGACGUUUGCGAGUGUUCGUUCGCGUCUGAAGUUUCGUACAACUAUCAUACGAAUAAACAUAAAAAACGUUAUGAGUGUGUCGCUUGCUCUGAAAGAUGUUUUAGUAAGAGAGGCGUUAUAAAGCAUUAUGAAACUGUACAUUAUCAUGGCCCAUCAAUAGAAAUAGAAGUACAAAAUCCACAAAAUGGAGUAACUACGGACCAAGAUACGGAAACUACAGGAGAUAAUAGCACAAAACAGUCGACAGCUUCAUUCGCUUGCGAGUUUUGCGACAAAAGCUUUAGAUGGAAAGCGUCUUUAAGGAAACAUGUAGAAACGCAUAGAAUAGAGACAGGACAGAAACGUAAACCUUACUGUGAACCUUGCAGGUUAUCGUUUACAAACACAUCGAAUCUUCAGAAGCAUGUAAAAACAAGUUCUAAACAUCAAAUACAAUUAAAACUUAGGAAACUAAAAGAAUCAUUACCGGAAGACGCAACAAACUCGGAGAAACAAGAAAAAGUUGACCAAAUCAAGUGCUCAGUUAAUUCUUCUAAAGAGAAGUAUCCGUGCCCACAAUGUGAUAAGAAGUUCCAAUGGAGAGGGAAUUUGUUAAGACAUUUAAAUAGUCAUGUUGCUAGGGCAAACGGCGAAUUAGUAUGUGAACCAUGCAACAGAACAUUUUCGUCAAUCGCUACAUACAAACAACAUAUGAAGAUAAGCAGGAAACAUGUUAGCGAGAAUGAUUUCAAAUACAUGUGCAGCGAUUGCGGCAAACGAUUUGCGAAUAAAACGCGUCUCAAAGACCACGUGGAUUGGGAACAUCUGAAGAACUACCGUCACACCUGUAAUGUUUGUCAGAAGGUAUUCAAAAGCCACACGUCGUUAUACUUACACAAACAAGUUGUCCACAAGAAGGAUAGCGCUGAGCACUUGUGCGAUCAUUGUGGGAAACCUUUCCCGAACCAAGGAAAACUUCGCGUGCACGUGCUAGCACGUCACAGCGGCGCGACACACGCGUGCGGCGCGUGCGGCGCGCGGUUCAGUUGGCUGUCGUGUCUGUCGCGACACUGCCGCAACCUGCAUCCCAGACACGGCGAUGUUACAGCUUAGAGUAGUGUGUGCUUUCAAAGAAAUGUAAAAAUAAAG